AUGCAUAGCUGUAACCUGCAGAGCUGUAACCAGCAGAACUGUAACCUGCAGAGCUGUAACCAGCAGAACUGUAACCUGCAGAGCUGUAACCUGCAGAGCUGUAACCUGCAGAACUGUAACCUGCAGAGCUGUAACCUGCAGAACUGUAACCUGCAGAGCUGUAACCUGCAGAGAUGUAACCAGCAGAACUGUAACCUCUGUAACCUGCAGAGCUGUAACCAGCAGAACUGUAACCUGCAGAGCUGUAACCUGCAGAGCUGUAACCAGCAGAACUGUAACCAGCAGAACUGUAACCUGCAGAGCUGUAACCAGCAGAGCUGUAACCAGCAGAACUGUAACCUGCAGAGCUGUAACCUGCAGAGCUGUAACCUGCAGAGCUGUAACCUGCAGAGCUGUAACCAGCAGAACUGUAAACUGCAGAGCUGUAAACUGCAGAGCUGUAACCGGCAGAGCUGUAACCAGCAGAACUGUAACCUGCAGAACUGUAACCUGCAGAACUGUAACCUGCAGAGCUGUAACCGGCAGAACUGUAACCAGCAGAACUGUAACCAGCAGAGCUGUAACCAGCAGAACUGUAACCUGCAGAGCUGUAACCUGCAGAACUGUAACCAGCAGAACUGUAACCAGCAGAGCUGUAACCUGCAGAACUGUAACCUGCAGAGCUGUAACCUGCAGAGCUAUGUAACCUGCAGCUGUAACCUGCAGAGCUGUAACCAGCAGAGCUGUAAACUGCAGAGCUGUAACCUGCAGAGCUGUAACCUGCAGAACUGUAACCUGCAGAACUGUAACCAGCAGAGCUGUAACCUGCAGAACUGUAAACUGCAGAGCUGUAACCUGCAGAACUGUAACCAGGAGAACUGUAACCUGCAGAACUGUAACCAGGAGAACUGUAACCAGCAGAGCUGUAACCAGCAGAGCUGUAACCAGCAGCCCGCUGAAGAGGUCGCGCAAGGACUUCUGAAGGAGCGCCGUGCGCGCCAGUUUGAUUCAAUGAAAUGCAACACCCUUCUUCCCCGUCUGAAGCCUCUUCGGAAACAGGUUUGA